UCCUCGACGAGCCGUAGUUUUCUCGGCCAAGACGGAGGAGACGGCCUUCCCCGCGGAAAGCGUGGACCACUGGUGGCCACUUUCACUUUAGAAACGCGUGACGUUCGCGAUACGCAACGCCAUGUCCUUUUUUUUUUUUUUGCCCCGCGCAGACCCACUUUCGGCCGCCUAAACAUACAUUUGCAUAAAUUAUACCAGUUUCUUCCGAGAUUCGAUUAACAUUUCCGCCGAGAGGAAUCGAGAGCGUAAACGACGUUCAGGAUGGCGGACACAGCAAGCAGUGGAUCCAGCGGCGAAUCGUCGCCGCAAGUCGAGAAGGGAUGGCCAGCUUUGAAGCAGCACAUUAUAGACAAUAAGAUUAAAUUUGGAUUGUGGGUCACUAGGCUCUUCACCCUAAUCUUCACCGUCGGCUACAUUAUUCCUAUAUUUGGGAAUCCUUACAAUAUAUACUAUAAGGUAUUAAUGAAUAAUGCGGCGACCAGCGCGUUACGUCUGCACCAACGAGUGCCGCGUGUUCAGCUCACGAGGCAGUUUUUAGAGACGUUGCUGUUGGAAGACUCGUGCCACUACCUGUUCUACUCCUUGAUAUUUUUGUAUGCGGCGCCAAUUACAUUGGUGCUCACGCCAGUUUUUCUUUUCGCUCUGAUGCACCUGGCCAGUUAUUCUCUUACAUUGCUAGACUGUCUAGGACAUAACAGCUGGUGGGGCGCUCGCCUAUUGAUAUCCCUGGUGGAAUUUCAGUCGCGGAAUAUCCUUCGCCUGUGUGCUCUGUCAGAAAUCAUCAUCUUGCCGUUUACUGCUGUUCUAGUAUUUACAGGACGGGCCGGUUUGCUGACUCCCUUCAUCUAUUAUCAGUUCUUGAAAUUGCGUCUUGCGUCACAAAGAAAUCCGUUCACGCGUAACGUAUUUUACGAGCUUAGAAACGGAUUGAGUUCGGUGUCGAAAAAGCCGGCCGUGCCGGACAUCAUUCGAAAGCUCAUCAACGGUCUGCUUUCUCUGACCCAACAAAUGGCGCCAGUGCGUCAAUAAUAUCUACGAUAUUGAAUUUUUCAAUUCUUUCUCAAUAUUGUCUCUCAAAGACAGAUCUCCUAGGGUUCUAGGGUCCACUCAGCAACACUUUCAUGAAUUAGUGUUAGCGCAAAAUGAGUGCCGACAUCAAAAUUCAUAGUGAAUGUUAUGUUUGGAAUAUCUGUGAAAACAAUCAAAUCAUGAACUGUUUCUUACGUUAAUAAUGUGCGAUUAUAAUUAAACUGAAGAGACGUACUAAUCAUUAUCGUAUAAAAUUUACAAGUUAAAGACAAUUACGUAACUUGGCUAAUAAGGUUUUUUGUUGGAUUCUAUUUUUCAGGUUCUUAAAUUUUAUAUUAAAGAAUUAUAAACUAUGCGCAUAUACUAACUCUAAAAUUUUCCAUAUAAUUUUGAACCAUGAAUUUGUAACGAGUAGAUAAUGAUGCAUAAUGGAGUUCACUGGUUAAUGGAGUUUAAUGUUGAUUACGUAAACCAUUUUUUGUUUUUUUGAUUGAUUUCGCACGGUUUUGCGGUAUUAGGGAAUGUGUAUAAUAUAUAAUAUAUCUAAUAUAUAAGUUAUAAAAUUUACAUAUA